CUCUUCUAACGUCAUCUACAACGAAAAAAAAUCCCACAAAGACUUGACACGUUUAAACGCUCUAAAUAUUCAUAACGCAGCGUCUUACGCGGCUUCCCUAUAUUCUGGCUCAUCACUUGAUUCCUGUUUAAAAUUUUAAAUAUAUUUGUAGUUUACACUUGAUUCCUCGACUCUUCUCUAUAAAUUGGACACCACUCUCUCUCUUGGUUUUGAGCAUAAGCCCUUUUAAACAAAACCAACAAGAAUAUCUUAAUAUUUGUAUGAAAACAGAGCAUCAUGGUUAUGUAUGAAGAGAAUUUCGUGUUGAACUCACGAGGCAUGAAGUUGUUCACUUGUGUAUGGAAACCGGUCAAGCAAGAACCAAAGGCCUUGCUCUUCUUGUGCCAUGGCUACGCUGCGGAGACCAGCAUCACUAUGAACAGUACAGCGACGAGGCUAGCCAAGGCCGGGUUUGCAGUCUAUGGAAUGGACUAUGAAGGACACGGUAAAUCCGAGGGACUAAGUGGUUACAUUAGUAACUUUGAUGAUCUCGUUGAUGAUGUCUCUAUUCAUUACUCUACAAUUUGUGAGAAAGAAGAGAAUAAGGGGAAGAUGAGGUUUCUACUUGGAGAAUCCAUGGGAGGAGCAGUUGUGUUGCUCUUAGCUAGAAAGAAGCCUGAUUUUUGGGACGGUGCCGUUUUAGUCGCACCCAUGUGUAAGUUAGCUGAAGAGGUAAAGCCACAUCCAGUAGUGAUCUCAAUUCUCAUAAAGCUUUGCUCGUUUAUUCCAACGUGGAAAAUAGUUCCAGGCAGUGAUAUUCUUGACAUUGCGAUUAAAGAACCCCACAUCAGAACUCAGGUGAGGAAGAACGAAUUUUGCUACAAAGGCCGGCCUCGCCUAAAUACCGCCUACCAACUUUUGCUGGUUAGCUUGGAUCUCGAGAAGAAUCUUCAGGAGGUAUCGAUUCCUUUCAUUGUUCUUCACGGAGAAGAUGAUAAAGUGACGGACAAAAGCGUCAGCAAAAUGCUAUAUGAAGUGGCUUCAAGCUCGGACAAAACAGUCAAGCUUUACCCUAACAUGUGGCAUGCUUUAUUGUAUGGAGAAACUCCUGAAAAUUCAGAAAUCGUAUUUACUGAUGUCAUAAAGUGGCUGGUGGAUAGAGCCUCUGAAUCUAACGGACGAUUAGAGAGCGAGUUAAAACAUAAGCAUGAUGGAGUGUUGAAGCAUAAAUAAGUACUGAGUAAUACAUGGUGACUUAUGUUAUAUAUUCCGUAUAUGUAAUUUGCUCCUAAAAAAGAAACAUCCUAUCUGUGCAGAGAUACUUGCUAAAUAAGAUGAAGCAUUUCAUAUUUA